CCAAUCAGAGCUCGUGCGGGCUCCGCUCUUGACUCUGCCUCGCGCUAACUAUGCGCGUAGUGUCGCGCUGCUGAUCCGCUCGCUCGCGCCGCAUUCCGAGAGAGAAUCCGGACCGGGAGAUACACCAGUGAGAGAGCGAGAGAGAGCGCGCGCUCUGCGAUAAGCAACCUUGGUUUUCACUUCAUCUGGUCCUCUCAUCUGGCGCGUGCGGGGAUGCUCUUCGCGUGAGGGAUAUUUGCGUGCCUGUCGGUCGUUGUUUUCUCUUAAGGGGUCACUUUGGAGCAAGGAAGAGAGGGAAAAGGCACGAAGAGGAGGAGAUUUAAAAUAUAUAUCUAUAUAUCUAAAUUUCUCAUCUAAGACAUUUUUGGAGCAUCUGUAGUAAACAAGAGCAGAGGAAGAGCGCGUGCGUUGCGCUCUGUGCGUUUUCUCUCUCUGUCUUACAGAAAAACAAACAAACAAACAAACAUAAGGACAACCUGCUGAAUUGCAUCACGGUGCUCGAGGAGCGAUACAGCGAUUGCAACUCGUAAACAUGAGCCGCGCGAUCUCAAUCUUCACCGUUUUGCUGCUGGCGCUUCUGUCUGAAGGACCCAGCAACGUCCACGCGGUGGAGUUCAGUUAUUUCCCUGACAACCUUACAGUGCUGGAAGGGCAGAACGUCAUUCUGAGGUGUAAGAUCGACGAGGAAGUGACCCACAAGGCCUGGCUGAAUCGCUCCAACAUCCUGUUCACGGGGGAUGAGAAGUGGUCUCUGGACCCGCGGGUGUCAAUGGCCAACAACAACGACAGCGAUUUCUCCAUCCAGAUCGAGCGGGUGGCCGUGGCCGAUGAGGGUCCGUACACGUGCAGCUUUCAGGCACGAACCAAGCCACGCACUGCACACGUCUAUCUCAUUGUCCAAGUGCCAGCGAGGAUAGUCAACAUCUCUCAGGAUAAAUCGGUCAACGAGGGCGAUGACGUGAACCUCUUCUGCCUGGCGAUCGGCCGGCCCGAGCCCUCCAUCACCUGGAAGGACUUAAAAUCUGGACGCACAUAUGAGGGAGAGUUUCUGGACAUCACAGAGAUCAAACGACAUCAAGCUGAAGAGUUUGUGUGCAUCACGAACAAUGGCGUGGCGCCGCCGGAUACACACCGCGUCAAGGUCACAGUGAAUUAUCCACCCAUGAUCACAGAUGUAAAGAAUAUGCCAGCUCAAGUGGGGAAGACAGCCAUCUUGCGCUGUGAGGCCAUGGCUGUCCCAACUGCAUCCUUCGAGUGGUACAGGGACGACCGGAGACUGGUGGAAAGCGACAACACACUGAGGAUUAAAAACGAGAAGACGCGUUCCCUGCUGCUUUUCACCAACGUCACCGAGAAACACUUUGGCAACUACACCUGCUUCGCCUCCAACCGCCUAGGGGCCUCCAACGCCAGCAUGCUUCUCUUCAGGCCGGGGGCAGUGUACGGCGGAAGCGUGACGCUAAGCGCCUGCCUAUCGGGACUCGUCUUCUGGCUCAGCCUCUCCAUCUCCGUCCUGCUGAAGGUCUAAUACGUCGCCGCCUCGGAAAGGAGUCUUUAAAUGACGAACCCAUCACUGUGAAUAAAAAAAGAAUUAUGCAUUAACCCAGGAGCCAUCUCUUGCAUCUUAUAAUCACCCCCCUCCCCUCUCCUCCCCACUCAUCCCAGUCCCACCCGUCUUUGGCAACCACUGGCCACUGCCUCUCCCGCUUCUCCAGCGAAGGUCACCUUUUCAAUGUUCAUAGCUGUUGUGGUGAUGAUUGUUUAAAAAAAAAAAAAAAAAAAAAAAAACGCUAAAAAUGUGAAGGUGCCGAGCGGAACACGUCUUUGUCUCAGUCUGCACGUGCUGGAUCAUGGUUGUAUAUUUGUGAAUGCUGUCACAUUAAUGGUGUUUAUGAGGAAUGUGAUAUGAUAUAUAUGAUAUGUAUGAUAUAUAUGAUGAUGAUAAUGAUGAUGGUCAGGUGACCCUGUAAACAAGCUGUGGCUGUUCACCAGCAGGCCACGCCUCAGUGGCCUUCGCUCUCUCUCGGAUCUGAGCAGCAGAAUCUUUCUGUGAAUGAUGUCAAAUCUCAUCUGCGCUAAGGGUCAACAUUAGCAUGGGGAGGGAGGGGAUAAACUUAUUUGUCCUCCCUCUUUUUUUGCAUUCGCUGGAGGUCUUGACCCAGGGCAAAGCAUGUGACCCCAGUCUGGCCUUCCAGUCCUUCCUCAGUCUCAUCACAUUACCACAUUACUACCUUCACCCUCGGUGUAAAUAUAUAUGCAGUAGAGGCCACCCCAUUAUAUAAUUCCAUAUACACCAUCCGAUUUACGGACUACAUUUCCCAUCAGCCUCUCUGUUUCAGGAUUUUUGGCUUGGAGGUUAUGUUUCUGGUGUCUCCCCCUAACCCCAACACAACCAAACCCCCACCCCCCACCCCGACCCCACCGAAGCCGUCGAUCACUCUUCCUUGUCGCUUGUUGAUAGCAUGUACUGGUUAGAGCUGUUCCUGUUGUGCCGUCCAUCCAAGCCCGAGCCCUCUCUAUAGCCCCUGCACUGUGUACAUUUAAUCUGCAAGGUUAACUGCUAAUUGCUUUUUUUUUUUUUUUGGUGUUAAUAAUGAUGAUGAUGAUGAAGAUGAUGAUCAUUAUGAUGAUAAUAAUAAUGAUGUUAAUUAAGUAUUUGAACUCAAUAUGAUGGUAAUUACAUGUGAGAAAAAAAAUAUUAUAAUAAUCCCAGAGCCAUGUGUGCGAAAAUAUUUUGUACUUUGCUCUGAAAAAAAAAAAAAAAUUAAUAAUAAUUAUAAGGUUUUUUUUUUUUUUUUCAAAGUGUUGUGCUCUAUUUUGCCAUGAGAACCUUUUUAAAAAAAAAAACAAAAAAAAAACAAGGUGAUGAGCUGGAGUGCAGCAAAACACUGCUUUGAAUUAGCCCCGACUUUGUUAUGCUAGCAUGCCACGAUGCUAGACUAAUUUAACCAGAUAUUUGACAAACGUAGGGUUUUGCUGUGCAUCCGCACACUCACAAAGAGAGCAAUCAAUGAAAUGUACUAUAAUUUGUACCGUGUGUGUAUUCAACCGUUUCUUUUUAAGGCUCUGUACUGUAUCGAAUGUAUGCUAACCUUUAUGCUGUCCCACCGUUUUUUGCUGUAACAUUGUCAGCCAUCUUGCCGUCACAACCAAAAACUCUCGGCAUAUUCGAAAUCCCGUGUGCUCGCCCCCUUCGUACGUUACUUCCUUCCUCCAGCCGCUUUCGAGAGGGAGCCAAAUUAGUGGGGAAUAGAGACGUAAUUAGCGAGCGGAUCGCUAAGCGAGGGCGCCGUCGCUCUUCUCCUCAUCCCUCCAUCUGCUGAGGAGCAGAGCUCAUAAAUCUAGCUCAAUCCAGGCACUGACAGGGACCCUCUUCAAGGACGACAGUGUCUUGGUGGUGACUAAUUAACCACCACUUAAAGGCGCGUAGAGAAGACGCUGCGACCAUGUGCUCGGCGGCGCAUGGCUUAACAGUGAGCGCUGGUUUCCGCAUCGCGUAUGCCGUAUGCAAGCUCUUACAUUCAUGGACAAAAAGCACGGUUAGGAGCCGAUCAUUCAGUCACGUAAGUGCUGUAUAUAGCAUGUUUUGACAUCGUUGUGUCCCCAUAGCUAAUUUUGUCAAAUCCAGCAAUAACCAAACUAAAACGUAAAUGUAAAGAAGUAUCUAAUUGGCGUAAUCUGUUACGUGUUGACCGGAGUGCCAUGCUAAUCUAAUCCUGAAAGUGUUGUGUGAUAAAUUAAUGUCAUGUGUGUGAUGGAAGGAGCUCUGGAAGCGGAGUUUAAAGGUUGACCCGGCCUACAUGCUUCUCCAUACCCGUUCCAUCUCUCUCUCUCUCUUCCUCUCUCUCUCUCUCUCUCUAUCUACCUAUCCAUCUAUCUAUAUGGAUCUAUCUAUGGUGUACAAAUCCGUACUGUAUAGCCACAAUUGCAACACACACUUGCAUGUUUUUGAGAUCCCAUCCAAAAAUUUUCUCAUUUGGGUUCAAUUUGAAGCACAAAACCGGUCCCAGUGCUAAUUUUUCUCUGUAUCUGUCUGUCCUUGUCCCUCUUUACUUGUUCACGACUGCGCCCGUGUAAAGCUCAAUGAUCCAUGGCAAACCUAUCUGUGCUCAUGUUUUCUCCUGAACAAUAAGUAAACAAACAAACAAACAAAAAAAAAAGAUAUGUCAUGUUUCUCAAUGUGGGUUAUAAAAAAAAAAAAAAGCAUGUCAGUGUUUUGUUAUGGGUGGAUUUUCCUUUUAAGAAAAAAAAAAAGUAUGAAUAUGAAAAGUGUGUGUGUGUGUGUGUGUGUGUGUGUGUGUGUGUGGGAAAGGUUGGCUUUAAAAUAUGGAAGAUUGAAGUGUGAUUUGAUAUGAGCUCCCCUGUAGAGAUGAGUGAUUGUGGGUUACCUGGAGGUCUGGUUUGGGAGGUGAAGAGAGGCAUGUGAGGCAGGAAGGGUGAGAUGGGCCAGCGCUGACCAGACACUGAACUCCCUCUGUAUGCAUGCGAUUAACUGGAAGGCAGCAGCUACAUAUCAGCUUGUGGAUCCAUUUUUUAUAAAGGCAGAUUGCGUCUAUUGAUUUUCCUGCCGCUUCGCUCUGCUGCUUAUGUCCACACAUUUAAAAUGCGCUUCAAUUCUAAUGUCCUACUAGUGUCCAAUAAUACUGAUGGAUACUACAUGCGUUAGUAAGAGGCUUCUAAUUCAUCCACAAACGCUGCAAUUAUUUUUCUUUAGCCACAUGGACGCUCACAACAUAUCCAUGAGCUUCCACAUGUCCAAUCAGGAGGCACUUGACCGUACAGGUGUCCAAUCAGGAGGUGUCUGGAUUUACACGCGUUCAAACAGGAGGCACUUGAGGUUGCACGUGUCCAAUCAAGAGGCACACAAGUGUCCAAUCUUGUCCCACUUUGCCUUAUAUGUGGCCAAUCAAGAGGUAAGUGCGUGCGCUUACAUCAGUCCAAUCAGGAGGAACCUGAGCUUGUACCCAUCCAAUCAGAAGGCACCUGAACAUUCCCUGCAGGACUUUGAAGAAAUGAUAUGUGUCUUAAUUUCUUUGUAGGAUAGUAAAAUAUCUCUGCUGUCACGAUUUUACAUUUCAAUUUAUUGAUUUAACAGCCAUCUUUUCCCAGAGUGGCUUUUUGCACAGACCGAACCAGUUCGUGGAAUGAAACCAAAAUCAGAAACGAAUUAAUGGUAAUUUGCUACGAACAAAAACGCAAAUAUAAACGUAAUCGUCCUUGUUCGGAAGCAUUCGUUUGAAUCUGUUACCAGUUAAUAACUAAAUAAAAAUGAAUUAUUUAAAAUAGUUUAGCCUUAUACGACAACAUUUUUCUACAUCUAUCUACUAUUUUAUCAUAUUAAACCUACAUACCGCCUCUAAAAAAUGAUAGGAAUGGACCAUUUUGUUCUCUGUUGGUUGUAAUGUUAGGGACGUUAUGCGGGGGUUAGAAGACAAUAAGGAAAAGGUUCUAAUACGUUUUUUUUUUUUUAAAAGUUCUGCUCAAUGUAGUUUAGUGUUUCAUGACGCUUUAAGGUAUAAAUCUGAACAACUGAAGGUUAAGAGUAUUGCGUAAGGAUUUAAUGGUGCCUUGCUGAUAGUAAUGGGAAUUCGAACUGACAUCCUUCUGAUCACAGAUACAGCAGUUUAACCCUUACUGAACUGAGUAGAUUCAUUUUAUGUGAAUGCUUUAAACCAAACCUUUAAAUUUGUUUUUAACCAAAUAUAAGGCAUAAUGCUAAUUUAAUUAUAGAUAGAUAGAUAGAUAGAUAGAUAGAUAGAUAGAUAGAUAGAUAGAUAGAUAGACAGGCAGAUAGAUAGAUAUAUAGAUAGAUAGAUGGAUAGAUAGAUAGAUAGAUAGAUAGAUAGAUAGAUAGAUAGAUAGAUAGAUAGAUAGAUAGACAGACAGAUAGAUAGAUAGAUAGAUAGAUAGAUAGAUAGAUAGGUAGAUAGAUAGAUAGAUAGAUAGAUAGACAGACAGAUAGAUAGAUAGAUCGAUAGAUAGAUAGAUAGAUAGAUAGAUAGAUAGAUAGAUAGAUAGAUAGAUAGAAUUAUUAUGAAUGAGGUGUUAGGUGUUUUUUUUUUAAUGACUCAAUAAUAUAUAAGUUUCACUUUAAGGAGUUUGUAUGAAAAUCUCAUUUUAUCCGAUCAUCUUAUCAUAAUCUAUGGUCAUUUUGUUGCAUUUUGUAACAUUUGUAAAGUAAUAUUCAGAGGACACUAUAGAAAAUGGCAUAUUUUAAUGGUUUAAAUUCAAUAACUGAACAACAAGACAAUUAUUCAUUUGAGACGUAAUUAGUAAUACUUUGAGAAAUGUCAGCGCUUAUGGAUACUGUGUAUCUUGAAGUAAAGAUGAGAUCUCUGUGAGUUAGAAUUGGACACAACAAAAUAAACAUAAGGGUUUGUUUAUUUGUGUUUUUUGUUGGGGUUUUUUUUUUUUUUUUUUUUUAGAAAUAGCAUAAUUCAGUAUCUUUUCAUAGAUAAGAACAGUUAUUGUCACAGACAGAUAAUGCAGAUAGAACAAAGAGAAAAGAUUCUUCUGAAAGAUAAAGAAAUAAAUAAACAAGGAAAGAUUGCUUUGAGAAAUAGAAUAAGGGAAUGGAUGGAUGGAUGGAUAGAUAGACGGACGGACGGACGGACAAACAGACAGACAGACAGACAGACAGACAGGUAGAUAGAUAGAUAGAUAGAUAGAUAGAUAGAUAGAUAGAUAGAUAGAUAUCUGCACGAUAUCUAGACGGACAGACGGACAGACAAACAGACAGACAGACAGACAGACAGAUAGAUAGAUAGAUAGAUAGAUAGAUAGAUAGAUAGAUAGAUAGAUAGAUAGAUAGAUAGAUCAUAUUAAAGUAAUAGUUUGGUCAAAAAUGAAAUUUACACAUUAACACAGAUGGAUUCAUUCAGCCGAGACAGUAGGGUAACAAGCUGCAACCUGUUCUUCAGUGAUGUCACACAGACUUAUCCAUGUGGGUUAGGACACAGACGACUGUUAUAAGCUAUACCAGACUUCAUCAACUGGUAGAAUGUCCAGAUACAGCUCCAGCAAAGUAUUUCUGUGGAUCAAACUGAGAACUCCAAAAAAUACUGUAGCAGAGCCAAUCAGUGUACGGAAAAUAACUGGCUAUAGCUCAGUGAAAAACAAUGUUGUGUUGAGGCUUGUUGCAGCCAAUCACAUGCAUUUAUGUAAAUUACUUAGUCGAAGGCUGUUCAUCAAGAAGAGAAACUAUUUUGGCAGACUUUCAUGGAUUUUUCGUUUGACUUACCCUGUCUGGUCUGAUUAGUGAAAUGUCAGCAUGGCUUGUUCAAAACCAAACCAAACCAAACAAAACAACAUUUAAAGACGAGAAGAGAAGCAUGCAUUUAUUCUUUUCUCCAAAGUUCAAAACAGACAUCUCAGCUACGGUAUUAGUCAGGUGUGGCGCUAGUCAAAUGUGGAAACGUGAACUGCCAGUAUGAAACAAAACAUAACCCCUCUGAUGUGUUUUGAUUAUAACUAUGAAUUAAUCCUGAAUGAUUAAUCAUUAAAAGGUCACUUUUAUCACCGUUCAGUCAUGUUACUCGUGCGUAAGCAAGGAAAGAAUAAACAAAACUUCACUGUUUACCCAAACACUGUAACAUUACUGUAUGAGAGAUUAAACGUAACAGCAUUAAUGCCAUGGAAAGACUUCACGAUGAUACAUUGACACACAGGGUAUACAUAGACAUACUAACGAAGGGCUAACACAAAAUAGGUGAUCACACUUGGGUAACAAACUAAUGAUGGGGCAGGGGGUGGAGUCAGGAAUGGAAUAGAAACCAUCGACAAACAUGAGCACAAGGCAUUUAUGGCAUGGAAUGGAAGCUGUUACAGGUGCUUCUUGGGUCGUAUCUCCGAAAGAUGGAAUUUUACCAGAAAGCUGGGGCAAUUAGUAUGCAGACGACACAUUAGUUAGAGUUUGAAUUUUAACGUACAAACACAUGCGCCGGUAUUUCUGCUACUUUACAAACUUGAAUAUCUUGGCAUCUGUUUUGGAAAAGGAUGUUGGAGGAAAGACUUCCAUCACUUGUAAACAACAUCACCUGUAUAAUUAUUGUAGCUGCACGAAGUAAAGAAGCAAAACGCUGGACGUCAAACACGCCUCGGGUGAAUCAGGGUGUGGGUACAAAUGUGUAAAUUUCAUUUUAUGCUAAACUAUCAAUCUCCAUUUGAUGUUUAAUUAUCCUGCAAAUUAUGAAGCGUUUGUGUGCAUAAGGUUUUGACGCAACAGGUGCUGCUUGUCAGUCGUGUACAGCUGUAUUGAUAGCACGCCGCUGAUUAUCUGAGCAUAAUUCAGUAGGUGUAUUAAAACGAGACGUUCGUAGCCGAGGCCGUGUGUUUUCCUCAAAGCAGGAGGCGUAAGAAGCAACUCCGCUGUGCACAAACAAGCCCGGUACUCUUGGGUAUCGGCGGAGAUUGUCGUACACCCACUGGAAGCUGAAAUUUCUGUCAGUCAAAUGGGUGAACACAAGCUGUGGCAUAGCACUUUGGUAGUGUUUGGAUUGAAAGCGCUUGAUGUAACGUCACAGGUUAAUGGUGACGAGGUCGGUCAGUGAUUCGAGCCUAUCUCCCUCUCUCUGUGCACUUUGCCUCUUCCUCUUCUCCUCCACGCCUCGUCCUCCUCUUCUCCUCUGGAAAUCAGAUGUAAUGCCAUGAGCACCUCCAGCUCUCCAUUCCGGUCCUUCUGUCGUAUUAAUGUGUGUGUUUGGACGUGUGUGUGUGUGUGCAUAUAAUGUACAUGCAUGUGAGGGCGUGUGUUCUCUGACCUUGAUUGAUCAUGACCUACUUCACAUUCCAGUUCCCCAGACAAUUCAGUGUUUUCUCUGCAACAUCAACGGGAAAAAAAGAUGGAAAAUCCAGAGCAUUGUCUUCCACCUUCGACGAAUCCUGUGCCGUGUUCCAAAUCAUGUUUUAGAUUUUGUCUGUGUUUUGUCAUUUUAUUGUGUCUGGAUUUAUUUUUUUGUUUGUUUUUUUUUUUUUCUUUCUCCAAAGUCCAUAAAGGAGAGAACAAAGUGAAGGAAUUAAACAGAAGGGGAGAAAAUAAAACCGAAUUUUGUUUUUAACAUAA